UUUCAAUAACCUUUAGAACCUUGAUACACACUACGUGGAAUCAAAAUAUCCCUUACAAUGCUUUCCAUUUUAUUCUAUAUAAACAACCUUCUUCAAUGCAUAUACCUACUAAAACCUUUGCCAUCUAAGGUGUAUUGAAACUCACAAAGCUACCUUAUCCUACAAAAGACUUUGGUCUCUUUAGUCCUAUAUUUUAAGAAUUUUAACAUUAAGGAACUACUAUCUCUAUGGCUGUUUCAUCUUACCAAUCUAUCAUGUCAAGCUCAAUGACCGGCAUUUCUAGCAGGUCUAGAGUUAGCCAAUUUAGCAGCAUCCCUUCUGUGUACAUUCCUAACACAAGAAGAAGUGCUAGCUUGAAAGUUAGGUCCAUGGCUGAGGAAGAACAGAAACAACAACCGAAGGUGCCUGUAAACCCAGUUACACCAGUAUCACAACCACCACCACCACCACAACCAGCUUAUACUCGUCCAUCAAAGAUGAGUACAAAGUUUUCGGAUUUGAUGGCUUUUGGUGGGCCAGCACCUGAAAGGAUCAAUGGAAGAUUAGCUAUGAUUGGUUUUGUUGCUGCAAUGGGGGUGGAAAUAGCAAAAGGGCAGGGUUUGUUUGAACAGAUUUCUGGUGGAGGAGUCCCAUGGUUCUUGGGGACAAGUGUGUUGUUGACACUUGCUUCUUUGAUUCCAUUUUUCCAAGGUGUUAGUGUGGAGUCUAAAUCCAAAGGUGUUAUGUCCUCAGAUGCAGAGCUGUGGAAUGGAAGAAUUGCUAUGUUGGGUUUGAUUGCGUUGGCUUUUACAGAGUAUGUUAAGGGUACUUCCCUAGUGUAGAAUAGAUUUAGAGGGACACCAAUAAACUAUAGGACUUAUGGUUAUUUUGAAGUCAAUUUAUGAAACUUAAUGUAUAUUCUUAUGUAAUUUCAUUUUGAAUAUUUUAUUUUAUCAUUGAUUAUAAGCAAAUGUUUUGAUAUCGAUUUGUAUCCUUAA